AUGGCGCAUAUCUUGGUGGAACACGAGAUCAACGCCCAAGACCCUCUCCCGCGCGAUUACCUGCAACCUGUCAAAGAACUCUGGGUCGACAGUGGUGUCAAGCAGGCAAUAGCAAAGGGCAACGAGUUCGCCCUCCACGACAACCUGGCAUACUUCUGUGACGAUUUGGACCGCAUUUGGGAUGCGAGCUACGAGCCCACAGACCAAGAUUUGUUGCGAUCAAGACUGCGAACCACGGGAAUCACCGAAACGGUUUUCGACCUCGGUCAACUGACAUACCGCAUGUUCGACGUCGGUGGCCAACGUUCAGAACGGAAGAAGUGGAUCCAUUGCUUCGAAAAUGUCAAUUGCUUGCUCUUCCUUGUCGCCAUCAGCGGAUACGAUCAAUGUUUGGUCGAGGACAAGGACGGCAACCAAAUGAACGAAGCGCUCAUGCUCUGGGAGUCGAUUGCCAACUCGCACUGGUUCACGAAGUCUGCCCUUAUCCUCUUUCUGAACAAGAUGGAUCUCUUCAAGGAGAAGCUCCCUAACAACCCAAUCACGUCGCACGGUUUCACGGAUUACCACGGCCCCGCCGAAGACUGGAAGUCUGCCAGCAAGUACUUCUUGGACAAGUUCCGCGCCCUCAACCGAAACACCGAGAAGGAAAUUUACGGACAUUUCACGAACGCCACUGAUACGAACCUGCUCAAGAUCACGAUGGGCUCGGUCCAGGAUAUGAUUAUCCAGCGCAACCUCAAGCAGCUGAUACUAUAA